AUGAGCGUCUUCUCGUUCGGGGAUUUACCCACUAUUCAAACCCGCAAAGCCUUGCUAUUGCUCGACUUUCAAAAUGAUUUUGUCCGUCCAUCGGGCGCGUUGCAUAUCCCCAAUACCCCCGAUAUCAUCGAAAAUCUCCCGCAAUUAGCAUCGGCCUUCCGUCGCGUCGGAGAUGUCGUCUGGGUUCGCUCUCAGUAUGGAGGCCCUCAGUCAAUUUCUGAUUGGGACUUCGGGGACCGCAUCGUUCUAGCUCGUGAAAAACCACGGAAAAAGUCAAUUCCCCAUUCAGAUGUCAUUGAAGUCGGAUCGGACCGCGAUUCACCAGAGCCUAUAGACCCAGAAGCUUUUCUUUCGGCAGAUCCAUCAACAUGUUGUUCCCCGCAGACCCCGGGAGUUCAGUUCCCGGCACCGGUCCUGUCCGCCAUUGAUCCACAGAAGGACACUGUGAUGGAGAAAACUGGAUACUCUGCUUUAGGGUCACCUGGUCUGGUGCUAUCUUUUCGAACACGCUUCGUCACCCACAUUUAUCUAUGCGGAUCGCUCUCCAAUGUCUCAGUAUUCGCGACAGCCCUGGAUGCCGUCCGCAGUGGAUUUUCGGUGACUCUCGUUGAAGACUGCCUGGGAUUCCGCGAUUUCCAACGCCACCAGGAAGCAAUGCGGCGGAUGGCUGACAUACUCGGCGCAACUGGAAUCACCGCCCGCGAGCUUAUCCAAGAGCUGGAUUGGGACGAGACGGAGGCAAUUGCGCGCCAGGGUGCCCCGCAACCAAAGAGGUCCGCCGCAACCGCAGGCAUCGAGUCAGUCAUGGAUGGGCUCGAAGUAUGGAACACCGUGGAUGCUUCUCCGACCGACGAAAAGGAAGAUCAGGAUGAUUUUGGACUGUCAAAACUGGCUUCCAUGUCUCGCAUGCAGCGAGCGCGAGGGCCACCGGAAGAAAAGAAGCAGGUGCGUGCACGGAUUCGACGUCCGAAGCGCCGAGAACCCGGGCAGCCGACAACAGCUCAAUCCCCUGUAGAGCCCGAUCGACAAACCACAUCGCAGCCAACACAAAAUGCUCAAACAAAUAUUGGGGAGGGCGACUCGAGCAUUAUACAUGAUGUUGCCAUUUCAGAUGAAUCAUUCGAGCGCAUAAAAGCAGAGGUGGAUUGGCAAAAAAUGUAUCAUCUGUCCGGCCAGGUUCCACGCUUGGUCGCAGUCCAGGGUCAAAGCCGACCUGAUGGUGCCAUACCAAUCUACCGGCAUCCUGCAGAUGAGUCUCCACCUUUUAAGCCGUUCACUCCCGCCGUUGAUGAGGUGCGCGUUGCUGUUGAGAAGAUUCUGGGACAUCCGCUGAACCACGUGCUCAUCCAACUUUACCGGGACGGUCAAGAUCGCAUAUCUGAGCACUCGGACAAGACCCUAGAUAUCGUACGAGGAUCAUUCAUCUGCAAUGUCAGUCUCGGUGCUGAGCGCGUCAUGAUCCUCCGCACCAAAACUUCGGCGUCCGAGCCCCAAGAGGGAAAAGAGACCGGCCGGACAUCACAGCGCGUGCCUCUGCCACACAAGUCGCUCUUUGUUCUAGGCCCGAAAACUAACAUGCGAUGGCUCCAUGGAAUUCGCGCGGACAAACGGCCCGAGACAACCAAGACCACUGAAGAGCAGGCAUAUGGAGGCCAACGAAUUUCUCUCACUUUCCGACACAUUGGAACUUUCAUUGAGCCCACGUCUAGCAAGAUCUGGGGCCAAGGGGCUGUCAGUAAAACGUUCGAGCAGGCUGGCACAGUGCUACACGGAGAUUCUGCAGAGACCGAACGCCUCAUUGGCGCUUUUGGACAAGAAAACCGUGCCACCGAAUUCGACUGGGACGCUGUUUAUGGAAGUGGUUUUGAUGUGGUCAACUUCGUGACUGCGUCAUCUGCACGAGUGAUUCUCAGUGGAGACCCGGUGGCUGAUUUGCGUGUCUGCAUCGCCCUUGGAGAGAAUGGCCUUCGGUACGAAGUGGCCGGUCGAGAAAAUAACCAGAAUGGUCAGCCUGGACCAGUGUAUGAAGAACCAAAUGGAUCCACAGUUGCAGGCGACUGUGCCAUCCUCUUACAUCUGGCUCGGCGACCUCUCGAUUCCACGCGGCCUGGCGUGGAGGUACUGCCCGGAGGCGACUACUUACCAGCCAUCGAAGAAUUCUUCAGGCGCUGGCGAGAACAUUGCGCCUCCGGCUCACGCGUCGUGUUUGAAUUUGGGUACGAGGAUUGGGAGCGUGUUCUACAAGGAAAACACUACCUAGGGGGGAGUGCCUUUACAAUUGACGACUGUGCUCUGUGGCCGGUUUUACGGGAGAUCCUAUCACAAACGCAAGGCCCAUUCAAUUCAAGAUUUCCCAGUUUGAAUCAGUAUGCACAACGAGUUGCCAACAGAGGUAUUGUUAGGUCUAUACUUGAAGCGUGA